CCUCUGUAAUGUGAUAUCUGAAUUCGAUUUAUUUUUUAUCGGCUGGUAUUCAUUCAGGAUUGUAUAAAUCAAAGAUUGAUAAAUUUGCUCAUAUAUUUAAAAGGCAAAGAGCACUUUACUUGAAAAUAAUGGCGCCCCUGUGUCGUCUGCUUAUCUCGCGUUGGUUUGUUGUCGUGUGCUCUUCAAUGCUGUCAAAAUCGAACGAAAUAAAGUUGCUGCUUACAGUGUAAAUAAUUCAAGUUACUCAGGGGUACUGAAUGGACAACAGUAUUUCAACUGCCGACGAUGUGAUCAGUUCGGACUAUGUAUCAAUUACAUGACAUGGAGUAGUGCGAUCCCAGCUUUAAGAAGCUAACAAGUUAGUGAUGGGUGAUUACACUCAUUAUGGAACUCCUUUGCGAGAGCUUGAAGAUGAAGAGGCUCCGAAGAGGUUUCAGGAUGACACGGUUCGCGAUGACCGAGGUAGACGAAGGUUUCACGGAGCGUUUACGGGAGGUUUUAGUGCUGGAUAUUUUAACUCUGUUGGAACAAAGGAGGGUUGGACACCUCAGAAUUUCGUUUCGUCAAGGUCUAAACGGGCUAAUAAUACUGGUGGCCAACAUCCUGAAGACUUUAUGGAUAAUGAGGACUUUGGUGAAAUGGGGAUAGCUCCACAACGUGUGCAGUUGCGUGAAGGCGUUCGUACUCAGGACGGACAGGAUUCGAUUGCUUCAUCCAGUGGAAUGUACUCACAAACAGCAGGCGUGGGCUCGCAGAGGGAAUUGUUGCAGGCUCCGCUUAUCAGGAUCCUCACCACAGACACUGAAAGUGUUGGCAUCCAAAUUCUACGGAAUAUGGGUUGGCGACCAGGUCGAGGCUUAGGGCCCACAGUUAGUCUAAAAGCCACCUACGGACCACAGUUGCCUGAGAAUGUUUCCGAGACUGUAGAAAUUGGUCCGGAGGAAAGGGCAGAUGAUAUCUUUCAGGUUUUAUGCGCAAUAGGUGGAGGAAAAAACAAUGUUUGGGGUUUGGGCUAUUCACCAACGCAGAGGUUGAAUUUAUUUGGCGAGCGGAUCGAUCGAGAGAGAGUGACUAUGUCGACAGCUACUGUUGAGGGACGCCGAGUCGUUAUGCGAGGUCAAGCCUUUGGCGUUGGAGCGUUUGAAGAAGACGAUGAGGAUAUUUAUGCACGGGACGAUAUGACUCAAUAUGAUUUUGAAGAGGUGGACCAUCGGACCCCAAUAAAAGGAGAGUUAUCCCGACGAAAUGAAUCUGCAAUGAUAGGAGGAGUGAUUGAUGGAUUUGUGAUAGCUACAGUCCCAGAAGUCGGUGGAAGUGCCAACCAAGUCUACCGAGAUAAUGUCGAGAUUCCUCCGGGAUGGACGCCAAGGACAACAAUGUUGGCUGUUGCCGCGAAGAUUAUGAAGAACGAUCUUUCUAAUCAACUAAUGGGGUCUAGUAUAGAGAUGUCUCGCGAUGACAAAGUCGCGCUCAUCUCUGAUAAAAUCGAAGGGUCCGUCUUUAAUUUAAUAUCAGCGGAGGACAAACUUCGGAUUGAGGCCUCUAAGAAGGCAAUCGAUGAACGAAAUUUAGCACUACAUUCGGAUAAAGCAGACUCCAUGGAAGCUGCAAGAUUAGUAGUUCCGCCUGCUGUACAGGAUGAAGAUAUUGACGAUGACAAUGAUACGAAAACACCAUUUAAGGAUUUGCAAGAGGAAGAACAAGGCUCGCUUUCAAAAGUCAACAUUGAGUCCUUAAAACCAUUUGCAUCAGAUCCGGCCAAGCAGAAGCGGUUCGAUCUAUACAUUCGGUUUGUCGAGCUAGGACAUCGAGAAAUGUUACCGUCCAUCCAACUAUCGACUAUGUCACAGUCGCAGGCAGCUCUUGAAAAGAAAGAGUUUGAAUCUGCUCUCCAGCUAAUAAGGCCCCGAUUGGGCUUAAGUAAUCGAUUUGAAAAGAAGGUGAUGCACCCCGCUGAGGAUGGACUUCUAACAGGACUCCAAGUAUCGAAAGAUGUAGCAGCCAUUCAGAGCGCGAUUUCAACGUCAUUUCAACAGCAGCAAUCUAUUCGACCUUUAAAAGAUUUCGGCGAAGCUACCCAUGGCCAGGUUAAGUGGCAUCCAAAUGCGCUUUUGUGUAAACGCUUCAACGUACCGAAUCCUUAUAUGGGAGAUGAAACUAUCACAAUCCCAUUAACAGCCACAUCGUCACGAGGUGAAGCAUUGGCGUCACUUGCUAAAAGUGCGGAAAUAGACGCUCAGGAACCGUCUACGUCUACCUCUGUCAACACCGAAAAACGAAAAGCUUUGCCCCCCAAACCAAUAUCUUCGGCUGUUCUGGGCUCGUUCUCGGUAAAACGCUUUGAUGAUCUCAUCGACGAAGAAGAAGCUAAGACACCACCACCGGCAGAUCUCUUUAAAUUUAUCUUUUCAGAUGACGAAGAUGAUGACGCUGAAAAUCAGAAUAAAGAUCGAGAAAACGGAAAUGCGGCAAUUGGAAAGAAGGAUACCACUACAUUGAUGCCAAGUACAAGCAUGCAUCAGAGCUCUUCCAGAAAUAAUAGUGAUGAAACAAAUGACACCUCAUCAAAGUUAGCCACAAGAGAUAGUGCCCUUACAAAGAAAAACUCCGGUUUGUUUGCCGAUCUGGAUUUAACCUUGCUUAACAAACGUCCUCCACCUAAGCCGAUACACCCAGUGGUACAACCUAGUCAUCAAACGGACGACGAAGAAUUAUCCCUUAUACCUAUGGGACCAAAGCCUCCUCCAGUGAUUCGCUUAGAACGAACAACACCUAUCAAUGCAGACUCCAAACGCCACCAUCACCAUCGAAGCGAUUCCUCCAGAGGCGAAAAACGGAGGAAAGGUGUAAAGAAAAUCAAAAAAGAAAAGAAAAAGAAAACAAAAAAGAAAGUUUCGAAAAAAUCGAAGAAAUUCAAGAAGAAAUCUCUGGCAUCGUCAAAAGGUACCAGUCGUAAGCGACGACGCCGUGAACGUGAGACAGAUUCAAGUGAUCAAGGGUCGUCGAGUGACGGGAGUAAUGACAGUAACACAGACGAGAGUGAUAGUGAUGAGGAAGUUAGACUUGAUGAACAAUUUAAUGAACGAUUGCGCGAAAAGCUACGAAAAUACAAGUCCUAGCAAGACAAACUGUACAGAAGGCUUUACUUCUGUCAGCACAUUGCGUUGGAUAUUGUCCCUGACCGCUGAUUCGAUGCAGCAAUCAGGAGCAUUGUACUUUACACAUACAAGCUGUGUAUGAAAAUCUAAAUGAACGUAUAAAAAAUUAAUACUUCGUAAAAUACGUCUUAUGUACAUACAAUUUUAGCCUAAUAAAUAUGUG